AUGCGUUUUACCAAGGGUUUUUUGUUUGCAACAGUAGAAGCAGCUAAUGAAUUUGAGGAACAACGUACACGCUUUUUUACAGAAAAUGAAAUGCUAGAUGAAUAUAUGGAGGCUAGACUUGAUUUGGCCAAUUUGCCAUUCCUCGAAAGGGUAUUAGUUAUUCGAGAUAAAACUAAUGAACGGAGACUGCAACGUCGUCGAAAAGCGCAGAUUCUGAAUAAUAAUAACAAUAAUUUGACAAGAGCGCCAGAUGUUUUAAAUCCCACUCAUGGCCAAGAACAACAAGAGGAGCAACGCACAUUACUUUCACCUCGCACCUCAUCAUUAAACGACCCUUGGUGGCUUUCACCAUGGGUGUUCUGGCCAGCAAGUAUUUUCCUUCUUAGUUGGCCAUUACGAAUGUUAGCUGAAUAUAAAACUGGUUAUGUACACCUCCAAGUGUGUAAAUUAUUUGGCACCAACUAUUUGAGCCCUUCGAGCAUCAAUUAUACUGGUCCAUUAACACGCACAUCUACGAUGGAUAGUCAUGAGUUGAGCAUGGCAAACCGACAGAACUAUGUUGUUGUUCCAAGCUAUAGUGAAGCGAUAUUGCUUGACCCAUAUAACAACACUCAAUUGCCUAAUUCUGGAAGAUCCCAGGUGACUAGGAAUGCACAAAUAUUUGAAUUUUCGUUAUAG